CCAGCCAAACAGCAUCUUAAGCAUACACACACACACACACACACAAACAACACAGCGCGCACAGUCUGAGAGUGAGGACAUAAGAAGAGAGAGUUAUAAAACAGAAGGAAAGAAAUCCUUGGCCAGUCCUUCCACUCACAGUCUUCUGGUUGUUUUUGCAUCCCUGAUAUGACCCUGUUCAGUCCAAGAUCAAUUCAGUCAGGAAGCCUUUCAGCCUGUGUGUGCUCAUCUCUGCACUUCAUCCUGAAGCUCAGGCGGGGUGCCAACAUCUUCUCACAACUUCCACACUAGUUUGGAAACGUCAAUCUGUUCUCAAAGCUACAUGUCUGCUGGGGAAGCCGAGGCUUCAGACACGAGUAUGAGUGGAGAGUUGAAGUCAAGCCGCUCUAGGGCAGCCAGUAAGAGGGCCAGCAACACCACUUAUGGAUCUGAGCUCGACCUGGACUAUGACAGCUAUCACGAGGACUACUAUGACAGGGUGUAUGACUACCAGCGUGUGCCAGCUUCCUUCUCUCCUCUACCCCUGGGACCCAGUCUUGCCAAGCGAUCCCGUUCCUCCUCCUACUCCUCUGGGCACAGACGCAGCCGAGAUAGAACCCACUCCAAAAGCUCCAGAGCCCACUCCACUAGUUCAACCACAGCCAAGUUGGGGAUGGAGGAGUUGCAGGUGAUUAAAAAGGAGCUGACUCUGAUAAAGACACAGAUCGAUGGGCUGCUUGACAGUCUUGACAGGAUGGACACACAGAGGAACGACCACAAAGGGUCUCCCCUGAGAGAGGAUAGUCCAGUUGGUUCACCGUAUGCUGCAUCAGCCAGCAGCCCAGACCACUCCCUUUCCUCCCUCUCUCCUCCUAGUUCCCGCCAUCGAAUUCACAAGGAGAGCCCUGACCUGAGAGAGCCUGAUGAUGACCACCACACGAUGAGCAACCACAGCUCUGACCCUGAGGAGGAAAUAUGAGGGAGGAAUAUGAGAAAACGUAAAAGACAUGGAUACGGUGCCAAACAUGGAGGAAGAGAACCAGAACCAUCAGGCUAACACCCAUAUCAGAAGCUCCACAAAGGCUGUACAUAUCAGAUAACAUAAAUGCAAUCAAUUGAAUCACAGCACCUUGUUUUAUGUGACCAUGAUCCAGAUACAGGUAACUUUUAAGCAGCAAGUACACAUACAUCUGACUGACAAGAACCUGAUAGGAUUACCUAAGAGAGUGAGAGGUAGACAUUAACUUUGCUUUAACGAGAGAGCGAAAAUAAACAAAACAGAGCGAUGAAUUUAACGUAUCUGCUUGAAAUGAACCUGUUCUACUGUGUGAGUGAGUUUGCAUGAACGGCAGCACUCCGGUGUGAAUCACAAUGUUCCAGUAAUAAUCAGUAUGACGUAAAACUGAUUAAAACAUUAUGAACCAA